AAUCACCGGCGAGAGAGGAGGCGGAGCUAUGCGGGACUCACUUUCUGCCUAGUCGCAUCACUUCCUCCAUUCCCGCCUUCAGGGUUUGUUUUCCCUGGCUUUCUCCUCAUAACUUUUUAAUUUUUCGGCGCCCGCCCGCCCCUGGAUUUUCGCGUUCGGACGGCGGGGAGGGAGGGCAACGAUGGGGGACCAAAAAGAAAACGUCCUACAGCCGCCGGCGACCGAGAGGGAAGAAAAAAAGGCCGGCCGCACUCCGAGCCUGCCGGGCAAGCACCAAUGUAGGCUUGAUGGUCAAGAAGAUAAUAAAAAGAAAUCCACAACCAGUUCAAGUGACUUCAGUGACCCAGUAUACAAAGAAAUUUCUUUGACAAAUGGCUUUAUCAAUAGAAUGAGUAGAGAUGAGCUUAGAGCUAAACUUGCUGAAUUCAAGCUGGACACCAGGGGAGUGAAAGACGUCUUGAAGAAGAGGCUGAAAAACUACUAUAAGAAAGAGAAAUUGAUGUACAAACAGCCUGCUGAUGGAGAGAAUUAUUACGAUUACAUCUGCAUUAUUGACUUUGAAGCAACCUGCGAAGAAGAAAACCAGCCUGAAUUUACACAUGAGAUCAUAGAGUUUCCUAUUGUCUUAUUAAAUACUCAUACACUAGAAAUAGAGGACACAUUUCAACGAUAUGUGAAACCAGAGAUUAAUCCUCAGCUUUCAGAUUUCUGCGUUAAUUUGACAGGAAUCUCUCAGGACCUUGUAGACAAAGCAGAUACAUUUCCUGUGGUUCUUCAACACGCUAUCGAUUGGAUGAAACAGAAGGAACUGGGAAGCACGUACAGUUAUUCUAUAUUGACUGAUGGAUCUUGGGACAUGAGCAAAUUUUUGAAUAUCCAGUGUCGGGUUAGCCGUCUUCGAUAUCCUUGUUUUGCAAAGAAGUGGAUCAAUAUUCGCAAAUCCUAUGGGAACUUCUACAAGGUUCCUAGAAACCAGACUAAACUGUCAAUCAUGCUUGAAAAGCUGGGGAUGGACUAUGACGGACGUCCUCACAGUGGACUCGACGAUUCAAAGAACAUUGCGCGAAUAGCUGCGCGGAUGCUUCGUGAUGGAUGUGAGCUCCGGGUGAAUGAGAGGCUGCAUGGGGGGCUCCUCUUGUCCAUCUCUUUCUCUGCUCCACUAGAGGGAGCUCCUGCUCCACAGAUGCCCAAGCCCAGAUAAAGAUUAGAAAGACCCGCUGUCUUUCAGAUCUUGGCCGAGACCACCUGGGAUGUCAGAAGGCCAUUGCAGGGGACUUCAGGGCUUGUU